AUGGAUAACAGGAUUGCUUGGCAACAAGAUUGGGCAGUCCCAGGCACCCGAGCAGUAUGUAUGAUCGAUUUGGCAGUCCUGACACUAGGACAACACAAUAAGGAAGAUCUUGGGCAACAGGGUCAUGAAUCUAUAUUUCGGCUCCGCCACGCGCCCCGAUCCUUGACACCUCGGGACAAGAGCUGCUCACGGGAGUCCAAUACCGCAUCCGGUCCCCCAGAAAAAGCUCCGCCACGCGCCCCGAUCCUUGACACCUCGGGACAAGAACUGCUCACGGGAGUCCAAUACCGCAUCCGGUCCCCCUUCUGGGGCGCCGGGGAAGGCGACGUCAACGUGGACCGCAACUCCUCCUGCCCUCUUGACCUCGUCCUGGCCCGAAGAAUAUUUUUCGGGCCGGGCCUCCCCGUUACCUUCCACCUGCCCCACGAGUCGGUAGCCGGGCGCCCCGUCCGCACCUUGACCGAGGUCAGCAUCCAGUUCUCGACCGCCUCCACCGACACAGCGUGCAACGACGGCGGCGUCUGGACGGUCCGCUUCCAAGCGAUCCUCCGGGGCUUCGGCGUCACUACGGGGGGUAGCCUGGGGGCCGCGAACAGCCUGUUCACGAUUGAGCCGGCCGGGAGAGACCAUAGGAUCGUGUACUGUCCCAGGAUUGACAGCCCCGGCGUGUGUGGGGCCCUGACCACCUCAUUUCAACGCCGCCUGAGCGUGGCCCUGUCCGAGGAGGAGGGGUCAUUGCAUGUAGUGUUCGAGAGAGUUGAAGCUGAUGACAUCGCCAUGAUUAAGAUGAGUACAGACAAUUAA